AUGGGCAAAGAGGAUCCUACAAACGCUGCAAAUGUCAGAAAAGACCGAAUUGUAACAAACUCGCAGGGCAAUCCGAUCAACGAGCCAUUCGCCACGCAACGUGUGGGACAGCAUGGACCGCUCCUCCUGCAGGACUUCACGCUUUUGGAUUCGCUGGCGCAUUUCAAUCGUGAGAGAAUCCCCGAAAGAAACCCUCACGCGCACGGAUCCGGCGCAUUUGGCUACUUCGAAGUCACUGACGACAUCACAGACGUGUGUGGAUCGGCCAUGUUCAGUGAAAUUGGGAAGCGGACGCGCUGUAACGUGCGGUUCUCCACCGUUGGUGGCGAAAAGGGUUCGGCAGAUACAGCCAGAGAUCCUCGUGGGUUCUCCACGAAAUUCUACACCGAGGAAGGAAACCUCGACUGGGUCUACAACAACACGCCUGUGUUCUUCAUUAGAGAUCCAGCAAAGUUUCCGCAUUUUAUCCACACGCAGAAACGUAAUCCACAGACUAAUUUGAAGGAUGCUGACAUGUUUUGGGACUUUUUAACCACACCGGAAAAUCAAGUUGCCAUUCACCAGGUCAUGAUAUUGUUCAGCGACCGUGGCACUCCGGCUAGCUACCGCAACAUGAACGGAUAUUCCGGACACACCUACAAGUGGUCCAAUAAGAAGGGUGAAUGGUUCUACGUUCAAGUUCAUAUUAAGACCGACCAGGGCAUCAAAAACCUCAGCAAUGAAGAGGCCGUAAAACUCGCGGGUCAGAAUCCAGAUUACUGUGGACAGGAUCUGUUCAAGAAUAUAAAACAGGGUAAAUUUCCAAGCUGGACUGUCUAUAUCCAAACUAUGACCGAAGCGGAGGCCCAGAAACAAUCCUUCUCCGUUUUCGAUUUGACUAAAAUCUGGCCCCACAAGCAGUUCCCAUUACGUCGCAUCGGUAAAAUGGUGCUGAAUGAAAACCCACAAAACUAUUUUGCACAAGUGGAACAAGUGGCGUUUUCGCCCAGUCACACAGUGCCUUACCAAGAGGCCAGUGCCGAUCCUGUUUUGCAGUCGCGACUAUUUGCAUACCCAGACGCUCAUAGGCACAGGUUGGGAGCUAAUUAUCACCAAAUUCCGGUCAAUUGUCCAUACGCAUCAAAAGUGUUUAAUCCUUCCAUCAGAGAUGGACCUAUGAAUGUGGAUGGCAACUUAGGCUCCGAACCAAACUACUUAGCCAGUGCCAAGAGUUACAACUACAUUCAGGCCACCAAACCUAUUCAACAGCACCAGGAGGUAUGGCACGGACCAGCCAUGCCUUAUCACUGGUCUACAAGUCCCGGUGACGCUGAUUUCGUCCAGGCCCGUGGGCUUUACAAAGUCCUAGGCCAAACUCCUGGGCAGCAGGAGGCAUUAGCACACAAUGUAGCCGUUCAUGUGGCUAACGCAUGUUCGGUCAUUCAAGAUCGCGUGUUUGCCAUGUUUUCGCGGGUGGACAAGUCACUUGGCGACAGCAUCAAGCGCGAAGCGUUGUCUCUAUCCCCACGCUCCGCGUCUAACGCUCAAGCGAAGCUCUGA